AUGUCCGUGUCCUUCAGAAGGAUUUAUCAGCUUUCCAGAGACUGCAACUCCAUCUCCCAUCUCAAACAACUUCUCACGCAAAUCAUCCAAUCCCACGCCUCCAACUAUGCUUCCUCUCUCGCCGCGCUCCUCUCCUUCUCGGCCACCUCUCCCCACGGCGACUUGCGUUUCGCCUCCUUGCUCUUCACCCAUUUACCCAAUCCCAACUCUUUCGCCUACAACUGUAUGAUGCAAGGCCUCGUCGAUGCCCGCCUACCAGACCAAGCAUUCCUCCUUUACCUCCGAAUGAAUCGGGAGAGUUUGGCCCCGGACAACUUCACCUUCCCCUUUGUCCUCAAAGCUUGCUCGCUUCUGUCGGCCGUGAGCACCGGCAAAGCCAUCCAUGCAAGGAUUCUGCAGCUCGGGUUUUCCUUCGACCCCUACAUCCAGAGUGGAUUGGUCCGAAUGUACUCGGAGUUUGACGAGGUCGGGACCGCUCGUCACUUGUUUGAUGGAAUCCCGGAGAGAGAUGUGGUUCUUUGGAAUUCAAUGAUCGGGGGGUACGUCAAGGGCGGGAAUUUAGAUUCGGCUCGUGAGUUGUUUGAAGAGAUGCCUGCUAAAAAUGUCGGCACAUAUAACGCACUGAUCGGAGGCCAUGUGAAGUUUGGAUGCAUGGAUGAUGCUUCUAGAUUGUUUGAGGAAAUGCCUGAGAGGGAUGUUGUGUCAUGGAACACGAUGGUCGGUGCUCAUGCAAGAGCCAGCUCUGUGGCAGUUGCAAGGGAGCUUUUUGAUCGUGCACCGCAGAAGAAUGUCGCUACAUGGAGUGCGAUCAUUUCGGGGUUUGCACAGAGUAGUCGAUUUGUCGACGCUCUCGACAUGUUCAAAGACAUGCUAGUCAAGGGACCAAGGCCUGACCAAUCUAUCUUGGUGAGUGUUUUAUCAUGUUGUGCGCACCUCGGGGCUCUAGAGCAAGGAAUAUGGAUUCAUGGCUAUAUCGAUAGGCAAGGGAUUGAGGUGGAUGACUUGCUUGGUUCAUCCCUCAUAGACAUGUACUCCAAGUGUGGGAUGCUACAAGGGGCGAUAUCAGUGUUCGAUAAAUUACAGAAAAGAGAAGUCUGCUCAUGGACUUCAAUGAUUCAUGGGUUAGCCAUAUAUGGGCAUGCCCAUCAAGCAUUAGAAGCAUUUGAAGAGAUGGAGAGAUUCAAAAUUAUACCCAACGCUGUUACAUUCAUAGCCAUCCUCAGCGCUUGUUCUCAUGCAGGAAUGGUAGCCAAAGGACGUGAAAUUUUUCAUCGGAUGCAUCAAGUUUAUGGAAUUAUCCCGACGAUAGAGCAUUAUACUUGCAUGGUUGAUCUUCUAAGCAGAGGAAACCAUAUAGAAGAAGCUCGAGACCUCAUCAAGUCAAUGCCGAUGAAACCGGAUGUGUUCAUGUGGGGUGCAUUGCUCGGAGGUCUAAGGAUACAUGGCCAACAUGGCCUGAUCUAUGAACAAGAGUUGGGUAGAGAGAUUGUGAAGUUGGAGCCGAGGGACAGUGGGGCAUACAUGCUAGUGUCAAACAUUUAUGCAUCAAUUGACCAGUGGGAUGAUGCUGUAAGGACGAGGAGGAUGAUGGAGAGGUUUGGAAUUAAGAAGAACCCGGGGUGUAGCUUGAUUGAGGUGGAUGGUGAGGUUCAUGAGUUCUUAGCUAGUGAACGAUCAAAUACAAAGUCUGAACAAGUGUAUGAGAUGUUGGAUCAGGUGCCAACUAAAUAA